AUGGUCGACGCAGAAGCAUCAGUUGCCAAAGGCAUGAAGCAGUUGAAGAAGACGAAGAAGGCAGCCGCUAAGAAGGCGAAGCGAAGCCGAAAUGCCAAGGAUUACAAAGAUGCUGUAUCCAAAGAGGAGCUCAAAGCUGCAAAGAAGGCCAGGAAUAUCGCGAACCGUCCCGUUCUCCAAGAAAAGAAACGGCACAGGCUACUCAAGCGAUCCAAGCAGCUGGAAAUUAAGGGGAACAAGCUACUUGCUGAGGCCAAGAAGGCUGCCGAGCAGUACAGACUGAUGACACAAGCCAAAGAGAAUCAUGAUGAAAACACCUCCACAUCUGUGGAAAAAAAUGGCGCAAAGUCCCCUGCUUCGUCCUCGUCGUCCUCGGACUCUGAUGGUGUUGCCUCGGCCGAAGCCAUUGCCCCUGGCGGCUUCAUCAUUGAUACGAAGAAGCGCCGAAGAGAGAGCGGUACGUCUGGCAUUCUGAAGCAGCUCUCUUCUGUGGACGACGAAGGGUCCAAAUCUAAGAAGAGCAAAACUGCUCCAGCUGAGGCAAGCACGGACUCGGACGAACCAAGCGAAGCAAAGUCGAAGUCCGAGCCCGAGCCCGAGUCCGAGAAUGUGCCCGAGCCGGAGUCUGAGCAUGAGCUAGAGGUAAUUGAAAAGGCUGAAAUGCAGAAGGAAGAGAAGAAAGAAAAGAAGCACAAGAAGAAGGAGAAGAAGGAAAAGGGGAAGAAGAAAAAAGAGAAGGACAUAAAAGAGAAGAAGGACAAGAAAGACGAGAAGGUGAAGAAGGUGAAAAAAGAUGAAGAAAAUCAGGUCGACCAGGAGGCAAAAAUCAAGACGAAGGAGAAGAAAGCCAAACAAAACAAAGGAACAGAGACUGCCGCCGAUAAUACCGCCGAACAAUGGAAUGUCGGUGGCCUUGAAGGAGGGGCCGCCCGCCAGAGCAAAUUCGCGAGGCUUCUUGGAGGAAAGAAGGGCGGAGAUGCGUUGGGAAUGACUACCAACACCAAGUCGGACUCGAUCAAGGCAGAGGCCGAGAUUCAACGCCAGUUUGAACAAGGCAUGAAGGCCAAGUUUGACGGUACCAGCCAACGGCGUGGACUCGGGGCGUAA